UUCGAGAAUCUGCUGUUUGUUUACAUUGUAUAUCAAGGAAGUACCGGUGUCUCUUUAAAGGUUUUAAAUUCGAUAAACAAAAUACGCUUUAUAUUUGAAACGUCGAGCGCUGAAACUGUAUUUCGUUUAUUUUGUUUGCCACAAUGAAGUGUUUUGUGUUCAGUUGUAGAAUAGAUUUUCACGGAUAUAAGACUGUUGAUAGUACUUUGACCAAAAUAACCAAGCAUCGGUUUCCGUCCAGUUUGCAACGUCAAUUGGCGUGGCUUCAAGCGAUUUUUAAUGCGGAGGGUAGAGAAAUUGAACAUGAAGCUAUAAAUUUCAAAGUCGUACGAAUUUGUUCGAGGCAUUUUUUGAAAGAUGAUUUCUACUACAAGAAUGGGCGGAAACUGUUGUACAAGACAGCUGUUCCUUCUGUGUUUGGCGGCUUUCCAAAUUCAAGCUGCAGAGAAGUCAAUUCAUCACAGCUGCGUGAUUCAGGAGUCGAUGAAGCUAACGAAACUCAACCGUCGAUUUCGUCUGAUAUACGCGAGGCUGCACCUAAAAUACGCCGGAGAACCAUAAGAUACGCUGGGGAUGUAAAAGACGGUCUAACGCCUGAUGAAGCCUUGGUCGCUCUGCCCAAACUUAAAGCACAACUCUCGCAAUCACAAAAAAAGCUUAAGCUACUCCGGGGCAAGAACAAACGUUUACUAGACCGAAUGAGCAGCAUGCAAGAUAUAAUCAAAACCCUUCAAGCUGAAAAAAAGGUCUCGGAUGCAACAAGCAAGGGCAUUUCACAGGAUUGUACUUCGAAUCAUUCCUUGCUGGAGGAACUCAAAUCACGAACGGAAACUCAGCCUUGUAGUGAUGCAGUGCGUAGCUUCGCCACAACUUUACACAUUUAUUCGCCAAAAGCUUACAAAUACGUACGCAGUGUAUUCAAUAAUACAUUGCCACACCCCAGGACCAUCAUCCGUUGGCACGAACAUACUAACGGGGAACCCGGAAAUGCGCAGGAAAGCUUGGACGCUCAGGAGCUGAAAACAGCUGAGGAGAUAAUUUCCAAUGAAUUUCUUGUUAUGGAAGAAAUAGUUACGCCAAUAUUGGAAUAAAGUAACCAAAUAGUGCCAAAAAGCGGACGGUACGACUCAGUUGUUUUUCGUUCUAGAUACAGCGGUUAAACGUUAAUAAAUAAGU